UCAUAACAAUGUGCUUGUACGGUAUUUUCUGCAUCGUUUUUACAUUGGCAACCGUUUUGUUGGCCGAUACUGAAGUUGUAGUGCUCCGGGCGGUCCGCGGGCGCGACGCUCGCCUCCCCUGCGGACAAGGGAAGGUGUUCCUGGACGGACCCGACUCUUACGUACUGUGGCUGAAGAACGACCGCGACUUCCUCUACAGGUUCCCGAAUGAGGAGUCCGAAAAACGAAGCCUCGCCCGGGACCGCAUCUUCGGCACAUCCUGCGUGUCCGGGACAUGCUACGACGACACUUCGCUUUUACUCAAGCACAUCAGCGACUCCGAGGCAGCGCUGUAUCGCUGCCGCGUGCACUACCAGGCCUCGCCUUCCGUGGACUACGUCAUCGAAGUCAGGCUAGUUGAUUCUCCUGGACAACCGAAAAUAUUCAACGGACAGGGCACAGAAAUCACCAAGAGCUUCGUCGGACCGCUGAGUCUAGGGUUCGAUCUUACUCUCGUAUGCGAAGUUGAUGACGACCAACCCGACACCCUGGUAUACUGGCGUCGCAAUGGCGUGGUGGUUGAACGCGCACAGUCCGCUCGUCCUGGUGUCUUGCGCGCUGAAGUCAACAUUCGGAACGCCACUCGCGACGAGUUAGACGCGCAUUACGAGUGCCUGGCGCAAAACGCUGACGUCACCGAACCCCUCACAGCCAGCGUAGUCAUUAAGAUGUAUUUGGCGCCUCUAAGCGUCGAGAUCCGACUGAACAAUAACUUCGACUUCGAGGCCGGGCAACCACGCGUGGUGGAUUGCGUGGUGGUGGGGUGCGUGCCGCCACCGUCCAUUACCUGGCAUCUGGGCGACACUAUGCUCAGGCCUACCGUACACAAGGAACUCCACGAUGGCAACUACACGGUUUCCUCGCUGACCCUGGCGCCGUCCCUGCGUGACAGUAGACGGGAGCUCGUCUGCAGGGCCCACAACUCGCACCAACCUAGCGUCGUAUUCGAAGAUAAGGUCGUGCUUAAUGUUGGAUAUCGGCCAAUAUGCGUGUCGACUCGCGAGGAGACUAUCGGAGCCAUGGAGCGCGAAGCGGAGACGAUCACGUGCGUGGUGGAGGGAUCCCCGGAGCCGCUUCAGUUCAGCUGGACCUUCGCUGAUUCUAGGACUCUCUAUACUAGCGUUAAGAAAGUCCCUGGCCAUCAUCAUCGCUACUCCUCGAGCUUGACCUGGCUCCCACGAGAGGGAGAUAUUGGGCUGCUUCUCUGUCGGGCCACCAACGCAUUCGGGGAGCAAAAGAGACCUUGCACCUUCACCGUCUCCCCUGGAGGACCACCUCAAGCUCCUGAAUGUGUCGUGCUGAGAGCAUUUCCUAGUGCACUGCGCGUCCAGUGCAAGAAAGCAUGGGACGGCGGACGCCCUCAGACAGUCCACCUGGAACUCUUGGAUGAGGACGGCGCGCUGUUGCACAACAUCUCCGACCCGGCCGGCCACUUCCAGCUGCCGAGCGUGACGGAUGAUCGCAACCUGACGGCUCUCGUGUACGCCACCAGCGAGCGUGGCCGCAGCGAGACUACCACAAUGCAUCUUAACAGCUUCAAACCCUUAACUGCGUCUGCAGUGGUUGAGAAGGCGCCGAUGCCAGUGUGGGCCCGCUGGCUGGAGGCGGCCGCUGCGACCAUCGUCAUCAGCGUGGUCAUCGUCGCCAUCGCGAUGUGCAUCAAGACGCUAAAGGGCAAGCGCAACAACUCCGAGCUCAACCCUGACCUCGUGCCGCGGUCUGAUGGCUCAUUCCAUCGCGAACCAGAUUUCGCGCGAGAGGAGCGUCUCCUGGGCACGACUAACAUCACUGUCAACCAACUGGCAGCUUGCCAGAACCAAUACUCAACAACGCCGGUGCCAUCAUGCCGCGUGAUGGUGGGAUGCGCAGGACACACGAGCACCCAGGACUCCUGCCCAGCCGCGCAGCACUCCUACUACGUCUAAACGUGGAUAUAGAUCCGGCGUAACACCUUUACACGCGUAUUGGAAACUGUAGGGCAGAUAAUGCCGUUCACCGAAAUUAGAUCAAACACACAAUUUUAUUUGGAAUGUUACAAAUUGUAGGAGGAAACUAAGUUGUUCAAUGCAGUGUUAUUUGGCAAGGAUUUUCUCAAAGCGAGUUGAGUGUCACCUAUUUAAAUAAAUAUUUCUUGUUAUCCAGAUGGCAACUCAAACUAGUCUUAUAUUAAGUUGGGAAAUAUUACUGUAUUUAAUUGCUAUCAGCUCGAAUAAGUUGUGUGAAGUUGGUCAAUGGAAAUGCUAGGGUAAGGGCGCGGUUUAAUGUGCGUUCAAUUACUGUCAAGCAUACAAAACGUACGUAAACCUUAAUAAAGCGAUUCUAUAGGAAGUACGUGUAGACAACGCGUCACACAACGUUGUACAUGUACGACUUAAACUGGACCUUAGAGUAAAUGCAUAUAGUUGCAUAUAAUUUAGCACAACAUUAAUGCGUUUAUAGGAUUAUUUUAAAUAAUGGAAACCUAACAACGGCCGUGGAAAACUAUAACUCGUUAUAAACGAUAAAAAAUCUGUUAACUAUAACACAGCACUAUGAAUCAAUGUAUUAGAUCAAUGAGGAAAAGUCUGAGCUAGUCUUUAGCGAACAGAAGCUAGUCAUCCGCUCCACGGUCGCUGCCCGUUUUCACACAUCUAGUCAGACUAGUCUAUAUUGCACAUAAGCUGGAAUAAGUGGUCUCAACCAUUUUACUCUGUGUAUUUAAAAUAAACAUAUAUUCCUGAA